AUGGUGAAUUUCAACUUAAGUCAAGUGGGAGCCACUUUCCGUAAAAGAGAUAAAGACCCUUUGAGUAAUGGCCCAGAAAAUGAAGUGGAAGAAGAUGUUGAUGCCUCUGAGUUUGAAGACGACGAAGUUAUACCUAAGAAGGUGAAAAAUAGAAGACCCCGGGAAGAUGCUUUUACACAACAAAGACUGGCUUCUAUCAACCCCGUGCUGACUCCAAAAACUGUGUUGCCUCUAUAUUUGAUUGUGGCAGCUGUGUUCGUUAUAGUCGGUGGUUGUCUGCUAUCUGUUGCAUCACAUACUGAUGAGCUAGUAAUAUAUUACCAAGACUGUGUUACUGCAGCACCUACUGAUUCCUUUGGAGACAUGCCGGAGAGUCAUUACAAAUAUGAUUUCCAUAAGAAUAAAACUUAUAAUGUAGCACCACAAUGGAGAUUUGUAGAUGAUAAGUCUGAUGACUCCAGUGAACGUGGUACAUGCGAAAUAAGAUUCCAUGUGCCCGAAGAUAUUAAGAAAACUGUCUAUAUUAAUUAUAUUCUUGAAAAUUUUUCACAAAACCAUAGACGUUACGUGUUAUCCUUUAGCGAGGAUCAAAUAGUUGGCAAAGCUGCUUCAUAUUCCAGUAUCCAUGAUACGGCAGGCAUUAAUUGUAAACCUUUAGCUCGUCACAGUAAUGGGAAAUUGUACUAUCCGUGUGGAUUGAUAGCUAAUGCGAUGUUUAACGAUACUUUCCCCAUGCAGUUGACUAAUGUGACGGAUACCUCCAAGAACUAUUCCUUAACAAACAAGGGUAUUAAUUGGUCCUCUGACAAGAAAAGAUUCAAGAAAACGCGCUACAAUUAUAGCCAGAUUGCACCACCGCCAUAUUGGGAGAAGCGUUUUCCAAACGGGUAUAAUGAAACCAAUAUCCCUGAUAUCCAUGAAUGGGAGGAAUUCCAAAACUGGAUGAGACCAUCAGCAUUUGACAAAUCAGCAAAGCUGAUCCGUAAAAACAGCAAUGAUACGUUACCUGCGGGUGAAUAUCAAAUCGAUAUUGGUUUACAUUGGCCUGUCACUGAAUUCAAUGGUAAGAAAGGGAUAUACAUUACACAUGGAUCAAGCAUUGGUGGCAAGAACACGUUUUUGGGUAUAGUUUAUUUGAUAGGUGGGUGUAUAUGUGUGGCAAUGGCGUUGGUGCUAUUAGCAUCCUGGUUCAUGAGUGGUAGAAAAGUGGCUGAUCCAAACAGUCUUUCAUGGAAUCAACGUUAA